AUGGUUUAUACAGAUACUCACCGUUUAUUUGUUCAAAGUGCUAUCUCUCGAUGCUUUUUUAGCGAAGUUGAAGGCAUAGAAAUUUACAGAAAGGUUUGUGAAAUAACUAAAGAUAAUAGACAAGAAAGUUUUCAAAAUUUUAUUACUACAGUUAAUCAAAAAUUGAAUACAAUAGAUUUAGAAUUUAGAAAAUCUUCUGAUGAGGAAGAUGGUCAUAUUGUUUGGGCUUUGGUCAAUACUAAAGGCGAUGAAGUGGCAAAAUUAGCUACUGAAUAUACUGCUUCAGAAAUUUCAUAUCUUAAACAUUUGAUAGAAUUAAUUGUUACAGCAGAUGAUGAAACCUAUUCUGUAUCAUCUAUUAUAGCAUUAAAAGAAUCAUCUAAACUUAAAACUCAAAUGACUAAAGUUGCAACAGAAGCAUUAUUACAAAAAUUUGUCAAUGAUAAAUGGUUGAUACAGUCACGUGAAGGAAAAUACUCUUUAAGUCAAAGAACAAUUCUUGAAUUACAAAGUUAUUUAAAGGAAGAAUUUGAUGAAAAUAUUUUUGAGUGUGUAGUAUGUUUAGAAAUUGUAACUAAAGGACAAAGAUGCGAAUUACAAGAUUGUAAGGCUCGUUUGCAUAAUCAUUGUGCCGAUCGUUAUUUUUCACAAAACGAAAAGAUUUGUCCUAUAUGUAAAAUUAAUUGGUCAGAAUCUAAUAGAUUUGGUUUAUAG